AUGAUAGGAUCCCGAAUUACACUUGUCAAGCGGACUAGAGGAAUCCAUGCAUACCUACCUUUUCAAGCAUCGUGCUAUUCCACGCAGAGAUUGACAGUCUCCGACGUUUUAAAGCAGACACAGAAGAUAAGAGUCAGAAAGUCAGAGCUUAAAGAAUUGAAGAAUGGCCUGUUCCAAGAUGAAGUGCCACCAAUUAAGAAAAGAUAUCCCCAUGUGAAAGAUGUGGAGAGCAUAUUUGCACGAAGUGCUAGUGCAACUGAGAAAAGACCUCGGAGAACGAAAGAAGCAAGACCACAGAGAAGUACGGGCACUAACCAUCUGAGCCAUCUGAAAAAGAGGCUUUCGAAAGGUCAAAAGGGCCCAAGCUAUAUUAAGAUGCUUACAAAAUCCUUAUUCCCGGAGAACAUCGAGUUCAAACAGGCAAAUGCCCUUGAAGUUGACCAGAUACCCAAGUUGGCACACAAUCUAGAUAGGGUGCUAUUUUCUCCAGGAGUACAAUUUCUCCAAGAUCCUAGAACUCGAAUUUUUAAUUACGAUCCUCACUUAAAUGAUAUUAUCCAUAUUGACGACUUCAACUUCGAUAUGGUGCAAGGCUUCGUGAGUGUGUCUAAAGAUGCCGUUUUGCUCAAUGAAGCUACUAAACACGGGAAACAAUUUUACUCCAGUACGCUGUCUAUGACCCUGACGCUUCAUCAGCUAUACCUUUUCCUAAACAACUACAAUGAAGACAAUAAAGGUCGCUUUGACUUCCCUGGGUUUUCCAGAAAUUGCACAACUCUCCCACUGAUAGUGAUCAUAGAGCCCAAAGGCGUGAAUCCAAAUAAUGGCGAGACCAUCUACUCUGUAUCCUCAGAUAAAUCUAAUGACGUGGAGAUAUUGUUAGGUGCGAUGGGUCAUUGCUUAGAAGUCUUUUUGACUCACAGUCGUGAAGAAUUGAACAAGUUCGUGGUGGGAGAAAAUGUCAUUGAACAGGAGAAUGUGGACGAGAUCAAACAUGAUACAAAUAUCAACGAACCUAAUGAAAUUCAUGAACCUGCAAAUGUCUAUAACUACCUGACAUGUGGAGACUUCCUAAUGAGAUCUCAACUAGACUGUUACGACUCUAGGCUUCCAGGAAAUGGCACGUUCGACCUUAAAACUAGAGCAGUUUGCGCUAUUCGCCACGAUAGAGAGUCAGAUGCCUCACUGUCAACCUAUCAGAUCUGGAAAAUGAAGGGGAAAUAUGAGUCGUUUGAACGAGAAUUCAAUGAUUUAAUUCGCACUGGUGCACUCUUGAAAUACGGGUUCCAAGCCCGAAUUGGACAGAUGGAUGGCAUCUUCAUUGCAUACCAUAAUGUUAGAUCAUUUUUUGGCUUCCAAUAUGUCCCACUUCUGGACAUUGAUCAGGUGUUCUACGGAGACCAUCAAACCCAGAAGAAAUUGGAGGAAUCAGCAGAUGUCUUUCCUGAACUAGAAGACAAUUUGCCCACAGAAAUUGCUGAAACACAAUUCAAAGUGUCUCUAUCGAUCUGGCAAGACCUUUUAAAAACUGCCAUUGAAGAUUUCCGAGGUACCGAAUAUGAGGGUUCACCUUUCAGGUUGGUGGUGAAGAACAAGCAGGAGUUUACCACCCACCCUCGUCAUCCAAACGUCAAAUUGCCUAAGUCGUUGCUCCACGUCUAUGCGGUACCGUUAGUGACAGAGAAUGUUAAGAAACUUCAGCAAUUCUCCGAAAAAUAUGAAACAUCCUUCCGUGCUAAUAUUUCUAAUGAAGAGAGACAUCAGAAUCUCCAAAACUACAAAAGAGAACUAGAUGCCUUCAACUCAAAAUUGGCUAAAGAAACCACCAUUCUCCACUACACUGUGAGUGUGGACGUCUCUAUCGAUGGUAAAAGUCGUUCGGGGCCAGGACGUCAUCCAUAUCCUAGCUCCAUUAAGUCCAAGAGUAUAUACAAUUACCAGAUCUGGAAGGUUGGAAAGGAGGAUAAGGAUUACCCAAAGGGGAAAGACAAAAAAAGAGAUACCCCAAUUGGGAAUGAUAAGAAGGUCAAAAACGACUAUAAUGGGCCAAGCGGAGAUUCUCCACACAAAGAUCGCUAUGAUUCAUCUUCCGGUCGUCCAUCAGUUGGAGACCAGGAAACGUCCAAACAUCAGUACCUCCAACUCAUGAAGUUAAUGAGUUCCACACUUACAAUGUCUAUUCCUGUACAAAGGCGAAGAGCGUCCGGUGGACCGAGUAUAGUGGAUCAGAUGCGUCGAUACUCGGCAGUGGGCGAACGGCGCAAAGCCGAAUGGAGAAAACUCCCCGCCCGUCAAUUUCACAAUCUGUAA